UAUGUUGCUGUUGCCUGGAGGCAUACCGCUAGUCACGUGGGGUGCGUCACUCAAACAACCGCGAUUGCAUCGAUUUAUCUCAUUAAGAGUAACUCAGCCGCUGCCCUAAUUUAAGAACAUCUCCAUGCACCUGCCUCUAUCGCCUCCAUCGCUUCCCCACUCUGCCAUCUUAAUUGCCUCAAUUACAUAUUGGACAUUGCAAAACAAUGGAGGUAACUUGUGAAUGCGGCCGUACAAGGUUCACCACGCCGCAAGCUGAACCGGUAGACAUCUGGAUAUGCUACUGCGAUGCUGACAAGAUGAGUUCGGGCGGAGCGUGCAGGAUCAACGUGUUUUUCGACGCAGAGACCAGUCAAACCUACGAUGCGUACCUUAACGGUCUAGGUAAUGGUGCGCAUUUGCGACGGUAUGUUCGGACGACCGGGAGCGGGCAUCGUGUUGAGCGCGUUUUCUGCGGCGAGUGCGCCGUGACCGUGGCCAUCAAACCACCGGCCUCAGCGCCCCGGCAACCCUGGGUAGCUGUGCCGGCCCCAUGUAUUGUCGGGUUUGAUUGGGAGCGGCUCAAGGACACGGAAAAGGUCAUUCACUGUUGGACAUCCAAAGCAAUACUGUCUACAGCUAUACCUGAAGGGAUUCGGCAUUUUGCCGAACAGCCGACGUAGCCCGAUAUCAAGGCUUCAUGGACAUGCUCACCGCCUAUAACUGUGCAGAUACUAGCACAUUCAAUACUAUAGCAUACAUACUGCAGCGAUCAACUAUACCUUGAAUACAAUUAAGAUUUGCACCACGGGAA